AUGGAAACUGAUGUAAUUUAUCAUGUUUUUAUGAUUGGUGGAAUUGGACUAGGUCCUGGAGCGCACAGAUACUUCAGCCAUAGAUCAUUUAAAGCUACUCGACCAUUUAAAUUGUUCCUUAUGUUCUGCCAGACGAUAGCUGGUCAGUAUACAGUCCUAUUUUGGUGUCAAGUCCAUCGUGUCCAUCACAAAUAUGCUGAUACAGAGAAAGAUCCAACGAACAUAAAUCGUGGUUUUAUGUUUGCGCAUCUUUAUUGGGCGUUUCGUUUCUCACCGGAAUGUAAAGCGGCAUUAGAAACUGUUGACGUCAGUGAUUUGAAAUUGGACAAAGAUGUGAUGUUUCAAUACAGAUACUUCCCGAUCUUUAGCUUCUUACUGUGCAUUUUAUAUCCAACAAUUGUCCCAUAUUUACUAUGGAAUGAGACAUUAUGGAUUAGUUUUUGGGCAAAUAUGUUCCGUUGGCUACUCAACUAUAAUCAAAUGAGUUUUGCGAACAGUCUUAUGCACAUGUAUGGGAAAAAGCCAUAUGAUAAGAAUGUUUCAGCUGCUGAAUAUUUGUUUUGCAUACUUUAUACUUACGGCGAAGGCUAUCACAACUAUCAUCAUGUAUUCCCAUGGGAUUAUAAAGCUGCAGAAUUCGGUGAUUUCACUCACUUCAAUAUUUCAACAAUAAUGCUUGAUGUAUGUGCAAGAUUUGGUCUGGUUUAUGAUCGUAAAGUAGUUUCAAAGAACAUGAUUGAGAGAAGAAAAGCAAGGACUGGUGAUGGAAGCAAUUGGCUAACAUCAAAUGAAAUUUUAAAGAACCCAAUUUGGGGUUAUGGUGACAUAGAUAUGGAUGUGGAUGAUAAAAUUGAUUUUCAUGGAUAUCUUUUUGAUCAAAACAAUAAUAUUAUUGAUAAGAAGAACGAGAGUUGACUUUAUGUAAUUUUAUAUAUUUUUUUUUUGUAUUUUUAAUAGAUUUAAUAGUUUUGAUUUUAAUUCUACUAAUUGAAUUUGGUAUUAUUAGUAAUUAAAAAC